AUGGCGUCCCGGCUAGUGCUGCUCUUUGCUGCCGCAGCCGUCGCCUUCGCCUGCCUCCCGGCGCCGGUCUCCGCCGUGGCGUGGAUGGUCGGGGACGACGGCGGCUGGAGGGCCAGGUUCCACCAGACCGGCUGGGCCGACGGCAAGACGUUCAGAGUCGGCGACACCCUGAUGUUCAUGUACCCCAAGGGCAACCACACGGUGAUCCAGGUUGGCAAGGAGGACUUCGCGACGUGCAACGUGCAGACCAACAACAAGCUCGGGGCCUGGUACUCUGGCAACGACGUCGUCCCCCUCGACAAGCCCGGCAAGAUGUGGUUCUUCUGCAGCGUCCCCGGCCACUGCGUAAACGGCAUGAAGCUCGUCAUCAACGUCGUCGGGGACGACGGCGUGCCGGCGCCGGCGCCGGAGCCGGGCUGGUGGUUCUAG